AUCACAAUAUACACACAAAAAGAAAAUUGGAAAAAAAAAACACACCAAAAGAGAGAGUCAAACAGAGAUCACAGUGUGUGUAAGAGAAAAAAAAAACAAGACAACAACAAAAGAAGAAAAACAUUAAUGGCGGAAGAAGAACAAAAACCUCAAAAACACAAUAAGGAAGAAAGUGUAAAGCUUUUUGUAGGUCAAGUUCCAAAACAUAUAACAGAAUCUGAACUUACUUCAUUGUUUCAACAAUUUGCUAUUGUUGAUGAAGUCAAUAUUAUCAAAGACAAAGCCACUCGUGCUUCCCGAGGUUGUUGUUUUGUAAUAUGUCCAUCAAGAGAAGAAGCAGACAAAGCUGUUGAUGCGUGUCAUAAUAAGAAAACUUUGCCUGGGGCAUCUUGUCCAUUGCAAGUGAAAUACGCAGAUGGUGAGGUAGAAAGACUAGAACACAAAAUUUUCAUUGGUAUGCUUCCCAAGAAUGUUUCCGAGGACGAAGUUUCAGCAUUAUUUUCUCAAUAUGGAACCCUAAAAGACCUUCAAAUCUUGAGAGGUUCUCAACAGACAAGCAAAGGUUGUGCUUUUGUGAAGUAUGAGACUAAAGAGCAAGCAGUUGCAGCUAUAGAGGACCUUAACGCGAAGCAUAAAAUGGAGGGUUCAAAUGUCCCGUUGGUGGUCAAAUGGGCAGACACGGAAAAGGAAAGGUUAGCUCGAAAGGCUCAAAAAGCACACUCAUUGGCUGCUGACCCCACACAGCAUCCAUCUUUAUUUGGAGCUCUGCCAAUGGGUUACAUUUCACCAUAUAACGGUUACGGAUAUCAGGCUGCUGGAAGUUACGGGCUCAUUCCGUAUCGGCUUCCUCCAGGGCAGAAUCGGCUUUCAUUCCCCAAUGUGAUUCUGCAUGCAAACCAAGGAAAUCCAUUGAGAGGUGGGACCCCAAGGAAUUAUGCAGUGCCUCCAGCUAGAUUUUUGGGUUCUGCUUAUCCAGCUGUCCCUGGAGCUCAAUAUCCUCUGACAUACCCUGGCGGGAUGAUGAGUGGUCCUCCUAGCCCUGUACCACCACUGGUCGCAAACAAUUUUGCUGCAACAUCUUCAAAUGCCAGUUCAAGUCCCGGUGACCAGAUUGAAGGUCCACCUGGUGCGAAUCUAUUUAUAUACCAUAUUCCUCAAGAAUUCGGUGAUGAAGAGCUUGCCGAUGCCUUUAAAGAAUUUGGAAGGGUCUUAAGUGCUAAGGUCUUUAUUGACAAAGCGACAGGUGUUAGCAAAUGCUUUGGCUUUGUUAGUUAUGAUUCCUCAGCUGCAGCAGAAUCUGCAAUUAAUAUGAUGAAUGGAUACCAGUUAGGUGAUAAGAAAUUGAAGGUUCAACUCAAAAGAGACAACAAACAAAACAAGUCGCAAUAGUUUAAUGGCAAGCCGUAAUGGCUGCUGAACUCUACGUAAUUAGCCUACAUACAAUCUAAACACGGGUGGCUUUGUUAAAGUAGUUGACCAGAAAGCCCAUUUCAUCCUGUGUGUCGCCAAACCAUAAGAUUGAAUCCCCUAACACUUGUAAUUCUUGGUUAAUUACGUGUCACUGUAAUCUGUAAUUGUGCAACGAUGGAACUCGUAUAGUCAUUGACUUUCAAUUAAUUUAUUGAUUCUUCUCUUUAAAGCA